CCCGCACGACUUUUUGCUCCGAACGCAAAGCGCACUCUCGCGCCGUGUAGCGGUGUAAUUUGUGACGAAAGCGAUUGAUUCGGCUUGGCUGCUCGCUCGCGAGCACCAUUCGCGCUGCGCUAGGCAGUGGUGGGCAUCCAGCCUAGCUUGACAGGGCUGCCCACGGGCGCGCCGACGACGCGUCGCGGCACAAAAAUGACACCAUGAUGAGGCUGCUCUGCGGCUUGACAAUGGCCGCGGUCGCCGAGGCGGGCUGCAAGCCCGCGCCGCGGCUCGACGGCCGGCGCGCGCGCCGCGGCCUCGCGUCGACGCGGGCGCACCGCUUCGCGGAGGGCGACGCGAGCCGCUACGCGAGCCUGCUCCGCGUGCCGACGGGCUGGGCGUCGUUCGAGGGCGAGCACUGGCUCGUGGUCAAGAACGGGUCGUGGCCGGCGGCCAACGGCGCGGCGUCGCUCGUCGUUUUUAGGGGAUGCGACGCGCGCCUCACAAACUGCAUCCAUAAUGGCGACGUCGUCGCGCGCGGCGCCUGGCAGCUGCACAACUACGCCCUACUCUCCGAGAAUGCUAUAUGGGGCGUGACGGGCGAGACGUCCGCGAAGCACCCCGCGACGCUGACGCUGCGCGCCCACACUCGCGAGGACAAGAAGUGGCUCCAGCACGCCUACGGCCCGACGCUGUCGAUGGGCCACCCCGGCUGCGUCGAGAGGCGCCAAGGCUACGACGGGCAGUGCCUCUUCGACGGGCGCUUCUCCCUCGCGUCGAUGAACAACCGCACCUGGAUCUAUGCGCGGGGCAACACGAAUCCCGAGGGCGGCGGCCGCGCGGUCUACGUUGCACAAAAAACAUCAGAGGGAUGGGGCCGCCUGAAGCCCAUCGAAUUUCAGAAGGGCGCGCGGCCGCCCUUCGACCGCCUCCAACAUAUAGAUGCGGACGUCUACUACGGCGCUGUGAAUGCGAACCCGGCGCUCCCGGGAACGCUGCUGGGCCUCUUCCCGGCGGCGAGCCGCGACCGGGCCGCUAUCAUGAUAGCUGUCUCCUGCGACGGGCUCCAUUAUUCGCGGCGCCCGUCGAGGUCUGGCGGUCGGCGCACGACCGGGGCGAGGUCGUGGACCACGCCGUCGACGGCGUUUCCGUUGAUGAUGGUGACGCAUUUAUUUAUAUCCACGCCGGCGUGCCGGGGACGCUGUGGAGGACGUGCGAGUUUUCCACCAUGAAGCCGCCGCCGUCCGAACUCGUCCGGCUGACCUGGCCGCUGGCGAAGCUCCGCGGCUUCUCGCGGGAGGCCGUGACGGCGCUGCGGCGGGCGGGGCGAUGUGAUAGUCCAACUGUUUAAGACUGAAUAUUGAUCUCGAGGCUGAGGCUAGUUACGUCGCAGGGUUCCCCGUACCCCUACCGAUUGCUAGUGUCUUUAAGGACGCUAGCUCUGUCCUCUCCCAGCUUUGCGCAUCGUGCUCGUGUGCUGAUGGUGCAAUAAUUUUUUAGAGCCCAGCUGGCAUCGCUUCUGUCCUGUCUGCUGCCUUGGACAGCAUGUCGGACCCUGUUCGGCCCCCGUUCCUGAGUACCCUGCUCUACCCAUUGCCCACACGCCCCCUCGGAAUCGAUGAAAUGCCGGCGUACGUUUUUCAGUACAGUCCGGGACACUACUACGAAGGAAAGUACGCAAUCAAAGUUAAAGUAUAUAAAGAAGCCUCAGGCUGGCACCGCGGCGGUAGCUACGACUACAAGACAUACAUCGGUGAGUACGACACCUGGCAAGAAGCGGUCCUGGACAUGCCUCGACGAAGACAGGAAUUAGAAAAGAAGACACGCAGCGGGACCCCGGCCCCGACGGGGACUGUUCCUCCUCGACGAACGAAAAGAUUUAAACAAAUUAACUGGGAUGAGGUUAUCCGCGCUGAAGCCUGGGCCGAAGCGCAGCGCCUGGAGCUGGAGCGGGCCGCCGCGUCGCCUCAGGUCGACGAGGAGGCCUCCGGGGCACAGGUCGCCGAGUGCCCGAUAUGCCUGGAGAAGCUCGACGACGCGUCGCCGGCGCUCGCGUGCGACCAUAGGUUCCACGCGGCCUGCCUGCAGGAGCUCGCGGCGACGGCAUGGGCCGAAGGCGCGGCGCGAACGCGCGCCCGUGGCACGGCCGUGCUGUGUCCCUGCUGCCGGGGCCAAUCGUAUGUCAAGUAGUCUCUGUGUGUGUUGUAAGUCUAUGUUUUAUAUCUCAAAAAGAAAACUGGGAAACGGAGUCCGCUUCCGAGCUAGCGGUCUGUAAGACACUAGCCCGCCCGCCAUCUUGGCUUUACGCCUGGCGUGCGGCGCAGACAUUCUGUCGCGACGCGGCAGCGGCGUUAAACUUGCUAUUUUGAAGGUCUAAGCAGUCCUGCGACGCAUCGGGCUAGCAAAAGCAGAGCAAAAGCGCCUCAGCCCGCCAGAUCCAAAAUCGGAGCGCAUAGCCGGCCAUGCCGCGCAUAGAACAACGCUCCGAGCGCGCAUUACCGCGCGCCGCCGGCGAGACGCGCGCCGGCGCGGCGCUCCGAAGGGACGCGCGCAUGCAGUGCGCUCGCGCGCUGCGCGACGCCUUCGACGCGGCCUGCGCAUCCCUUUGCAAAGAUACGGCCGACGCGGCGGCGCAGUUCAUCCGCGCGCCUAGACGAGAAGGAGACGUGAGGGUGGCGGUCGUCCGCGCGGGCUUCUGCGGCCGCUGUAGAGGGGUGGCCGCGGCGGCAUUAGCGAGCGCGCUGCACCGGGCGAACGUCAAAGCUGUUAGGGUGGAAGACCGGUGGCAGUUGAAUGAUGAGAACGACGAGGAAGCUGCGGUAGUGGUAGCAAGAGCCGAGGCGACGGGCGCCGCGGGCUUGAGAGACGCCCUCGCGGCCCUCCCGCCCCAUAUUGUUGGUGUGGUUGUCGUCGCCGGCGCGACGUGGCGCCUGCCGACUGGUUUACCCUCUGCCUUACGCGCCCAGACCUUCCGCCUUCCCCACGCGGACGCGUUCGCGGACGCGUUCCUGAGCAGUACGCUGCGCAAUUUACCAUGUGCUGUGGGCGCGCGCGCCGUGGUAGGCUGGCUCGAGGGCUACGAGCAGCACGGCGAUCCCGCGCAAUUAGCAUGCCGGGCGCAACUCGCGGUCCUAGAACACUUCCGGCGGCCCGGGGCCUUCCUCGCGACGGCCAUAUUUGUGGAUGAUCCAGCAUCUCAAAGUUUGGCGCUGGCCGAGGCGGCGCCGGAUCUUGAUGCGCAUGACGUCGACGCUUUGGCUCGCGUCUUGAGGAGCCGCGCCGUCGCCGCGCGCGUGGCGACGACGUGGGCCGCGGCGGCUUUGACAACGUCGGGGACGGCGCCGCGACGGUGGCGCGCCGCCGCCGCGUGUGCGUUGCCUCUGUCGCCCGGUCCAUCGCUGGACGCGCAAGACGCCGCCGCGACGGCCGUCAAACAGGCGUCGCCCGCAACUUUGGCUACUUUGCUCGACGCGUGGCGCUGCCGCGCGGUCGCCGACGACGUGCCUCGAGCUGUAGCGGCGCGAACAACAGAGCUAGCGGCCGUCGCGCACGCCGUCGCCUCCGCGCCUCCCUCGAAAGAGCGCUCGCGGCGCUGUCGUUUUGUGGCGCACGAGGCCGCGUCGUUACUGACACGCGUUUCAAAAGCCGGGCGCCAACUGUCGGAGCUGCCCCUGGCGCCUCUUGUAAUAGUGGACGGCGCGGGCCACGCGCCGUCGGGCCUGUGGACGGCGACGACGCGCUUGCUCCAGACGGCGGACGUGCCCGCGGCGACGGCGUGGCGCGCGGCGGCCGCCGGCCUUGCGGGCGACGCGAAGCGCUGGGCCCUCGCCGUGCGGGGCGAGCGCGACGACGGCAAUGAAAGGACGCUGGCCUUCGCCAAGGCCGUGCGCGACCUGCACUACGCCGGCCUCGUGGCGUCGAAGCGGGGGCGUUUUUCUGCCGUGACGACCUAA